AUGCCUUCCCCUUCUUUCCCCUCCCCCCAUCGUCUACGUUUUGGUCGUCGGUAUCCUAUACCUGAGUUAAUUCCAUCAAAUCAAAGCCCUAUUCUUGAAGAAUUUCGCUGGAACAAAGCUCGAAAGUGGGAUUUAAAAAACAUUUUUGGAUAUAUCAAUGAGUUUAGUGGUGAUCAGCAUGGUUCUCGAUUCAUCCAACAAAAACUAGAAACCGCGAGCCCUGAGGAACGACAGACUGUGUUUGACGAAGUCAUGGCAGGAGAUCCUCUGGCGCUUGUUCAGGAUGUUUUUGGCAACUACGUAAUUCAGAAAAUGAUUGAAUAUGGCACAUCCCUACAAAGGAGCAUCCUCACAACCGUAAUGGAAGGGAAUAUUUUCCGGCUCUCUCUACAGAUGUACGGCUGUCGUGUAAUUCAGAAGGCAAUUGAGCACAUUUCACUUGAACAGCAAAGUCUCAUUGUUGCCGAACUUGAACCGCGUAUUCUCGAAUGCGUCAGGGAUUCCAAUGGAAAUCAUGUCGUACAAAGGCUGAUUGAAAAAGUGCCCUCGGAUCGAUUGUCCUUUGUCGCGUCAUUUCAGGGAAACGUUUAUGACCUUUCCAGGCACCCUUAUGGCUGUCGUGUGCUGCAAAGAUGCCUCGAGCAUCUCCCAGAGGAACAAACGAGGACCCUGGUGGACGAGCUCCAUCAAAAUGCUGUUGACCUGAUGAAGGAUCAGUUUGGAAACUAUGUCAUCCAGUUUCUUGUUGAACAUGGUCAAGCCCGCGACAGAGCCCUGAUCGUUUCAAAUCUGCAGGGAAAGUUGUUGCCGAUGUCUCGCCAUAAGUUUGCAUCCAACGUUUGUGAAAAGGCCCUCAUUUGCGCAGAUCCACAAACCCGUCGGGCUCUCAUCGACGAAAUGCUCGCAAUCGCUCCAGAAACCAUCACUCCGAUCAUGACAAUGAUGCAAGAUCAAUUUGCCAACUAUGUCCUUCAACGUGCACUUCUUGUUGCGGAAGGGGAUCAGCGUGAAGAGUUGUUUAAUACAGUUAGGCAACAACUGGUUAACACUAGAAGGGUUUCAGCUGUAGUCAGCAAGCACGUUGUCUCUAGUAAGUUGUACUCUUUCUUCCAGGUAUUACCGUUAACAUCCUUUCCAAGUUGA